GUUACAGGUGCUUUUUGUCUCUUUAUUUGCAUGAAAAUUCAUUUUUGAAUUUGAAUUGAUUUUGCGUAAUUUGCGCCAAAAUUUCCAUGUCAAACCAAAAGAGUCUAAUGAACUUUAGUUUGAGAAAAACUUUUGAUUGACGUCGCGCAAUUUUCAAACGCUUUCGAUUUUCCGAAUUUUUUUAAACUUUUUCGAUUUAAAAAUGAGCAGAACGUGUCGUGUGCGCGGGUGUUAUUUAAAAAACAGUGAAGUGAAAUUAUUUUCUUUCCCACAGGACCCCAUAUUAGCAGACAAAUGGAGGCAGAAUUUGCAUAUUGCCAGGACGGAACAUCUUCCACCCCACAACUCAUUUGUGUGUGUAAAACACUUUGAGGCAUGUGUUGUGGGGGGACAAUGUUUGAAAAAGGGUGCCAUCCCCACCCUUCGUUUAGGGCACGACGAUGACCCUACAUACAGCUGUACAAUUCCAAAAAAGCAACGGAGCUGUUGCGUGGUAGGAUGCGUGGUGGAAAAGGGUCAUACGUUGUAUGAAUUUCCUCGACGAGGAGAGGCUCGAAUUAGUUGGGCCCUGGCUUGCAACGUGCAACCAGCAGAUUCUGACAAGCUAUAUGUUUGUAAGCGCCACUUUAGUCCAGAGCAAGUAACUCGUUAUAAAGUUUUAGAUGGGGCUGUUCCAUCUUUAAGAUUAGAGCCAGUUACUAGAAGUCGCUCACCUAGUACUGGCUCUGAUUGGGUUUGCCCGCCCGUUACUAAAGUGUACGUAAAUCGUACAGUAGGUGUAGGUGUAGCAAAUGAUCUCACAUGA